CGACGACCACCGGUCCUCCUUCACCUCGACUUCAAAGGACGCGUGCCGCUCUGCAGCUCAACCUCCUCCUCCAGAAGACGCACGACCGCAAGGCGCACAAGGAAUUGUGGACGCUGGGCUGAAGAGGGCGGCUGUGGCGCCGGAAAGCCCUACCCACCCGGACGAGUACCCAAUAUCCUGGGGCCAGGAUGCGCUUCAUCAGACGUGGUUCUCAGCAAAUUCGUCCCAGUAACAACGUCAACGAUGCCGACAUUGUCAUCCAGAUCGGGACGGUGAAGACGGGCCUCAAGGCAUCCCAGCUGGUCGGCACCAACGUCCGCAGCCUUCGCUCUUCAAAAAGCGCCGCCGUUCUGAGAGGACACGGCGACUUCGAUGAUUCCUUCAACGAGGACGACGAGGACAAGGCACUCGAGAUCUUUACACGAAUGCAAGACUCCUUCUCCCCUACAAGAGCAGGGCCACAGCCAUGUGGCCCAUGGAGUCCUUACUCUCCUGAUGAUGCCUAUCCUUACGCUGGCCAACCUAAUCCGCUGCAUUCCACCUCAAACGGCACAACCUUGCCUUAUUCACACCGGGAACCAUCUGCUGCAGCGCGUCCCGCGUAUGCCAUCCCUGGUCGUCACCCAUAUUACAUGUCGCAACAAACCUCUGUUACGGGGGACAUGGCGCCUCGCAGUCCCGCGCCUACCAUUUUUGACAACGUUGCCGAUCCACCUUCGCUUCACCGGCUGCCCAGUGCACCAGAUCUGGGCGACGAUAGACACCAACGGGCCACCAAAGUUCGGAGGUCGUCGACCAAGGCGCAGUCCAACUCGCGGGCUUUAGAUCUGGUGCACUUGUUUCCUCAGCCAAAGCCGUCUGCUCCACCGCUUCCCUCACAACCACGGCCUUCGCAAUCUCCAUCAGACAUGACCGACUUUCAUUUCUCCAACGCGUCUGACCGCAAGCUGAAGAAGUUGAAAACUCCCACCAGCUCGAGGCCCGGCACCAGUGCAACGAGUUCUCGUGCGAGCAGGCCAUUCGAUGAAGAUAUCCUCGAUCAGCACAAGACCAACGUACGUCGGCCUCCGAAAGGCAUUCAAAACUGGUUCGAUGCAUAUCUGGAUGACGAUGAUGAUGAAGAGGAUCUCGACGACGACGUUGAAAAGCCCGAGCCGCAAGAGCUACCUGGCGACGAUGUCCUUCCGCCUGCGUACAGUGGACCCCAUCGCCAUAUGUCACGGGCGAGCGAAAAAUCCGUCAGUGGGCCACGCACACCUCAUGAUUCCCAUCACCCGCCUCCGCAGAGUGUGGAGAGCGCAUUGGAGCGAGCAAAAUUGAACCGCACGAGCCGAUCAAGCAGAUCUGACAGCAUUCAGUCAUCGCAUUUGGGCAACCGGCGACAUCAUGCUCAGCCGAGACUUGCCGCAUCCACACUUGACCAGGAGAGCAUUCUGUCUUUGACGGAGUCAGAAUUUGAAGAGGAGGAUGACGAGGAGGAGUCGGAUGAAUACGACAGCGAAACGGAGGGCGGAGGCAGGGGACGUGGGAAUCUACCUGCCAUUCGAGAUAGCAUUUUCGACGACCGCAACAUCAUGAUUGCAAGUGCAUCUGCAUUAGACGUUGUCCGGGUGUCGAGGCCGACUCAACUCAAUGGGUCUCGGAUCAGCCACCAAGAAGACAGCAAACGCAGCUCCGCCCGCUCAUCAUCGUCUUCACCAGAAGUCCAUCGACGCGAUGUGCCACCGCCACUGCCGUCUCAAUCCCAACGACGUCCAUCCUACCAAGUUACCGCCGAUCCUAUCGCUUUGCGACGCCUGAACGGGUUGAGCCUGGAAUCAGCUUGUACGACAGGAACGACAGAGACAAGCAACACCGGCAUGACUACGGAGACACGGAGCUCAGGUACUUCGUACCAAGAUGCCGCUGAUCGUUCUCCUCAAGACGCGCUACACAUGGUCGCGAUUACGGAAGAAGAGAAGAUGCUGCUGGAUCUAAUGCGACAAAAACGAGUGGCGAUGCAGCAGUUGUCAUUUACGGAGGGUUAUCAGCUGGCAUUGCGAACAGAGCAACAACGACUGGCAAAGCGUACAGCAACCGCAGAGGAGCGUGCUCUGAAGCAUUUGAAAAAGAAGGAGAGUGUCGAACAGAACCGCGCAAGCGAACUUACUAGUACUUCGUCACAGACCCCAACCCAGGAUACUGAACUGCGUCGACAGCUAAGCUUCAUUCGCAAGGAGCAGGUUGAUGAUCGCUUCCAGAUGGAAAGGUUCCUAGACAUGUCGCGACCUCCGGCGCCGCUAUCUUCGCAUCCGCCUUCGCCCAACGAGCAGCGGAAACCGAGAGCUCCCAGUGGCGAAGUCCUGCCAGCCACGCGGUAUUCUCCCGCAACAUCCACCCAGCCUACAGACAGCGCUGCUGACAAACCUGGCUAUUUCUCAGCAGAUGACUGUGAAACGGAAUCUGUACGCCUGAGAGUCAAACAAUUCAUCUCGAGCAAAGGGGCGGUGCCUCCACUGAAUUCUGGCAUGAAGACAAUGCGUCGGCAUACCGUUCGCCAACCUUCCAGCGUGCCCCCUUCGCCAGUGAUAGAGGAGGUGCAAGGCGCAAUCCCUCCUCUUCCACCCAGGAGUCCGGAACGCAACGUAUACCACUCACGCUCUGGAUCUCAAUUCACCGUGAGCACGCUCACCCACAAACCAUCCUGUUCUUCGCUCCAUGAUGAGCCACGAGACAGAUCUCCAGUCUCGUGCUUUAGCGGCCACCACUAUUCUAGGCCAUGCCCUCCCCAUUCACCACACCCGUUGCCGGCAGAUCUUGCACAGCACGACAUGGUUCUCCUCCCGGCAAAGCCAUAUGUCCCUGGAUCUGAAAGAGAGCUCUUGAAAUCGACAUCGCAACCUCAACUUACUGCUCAAGAUCCUCCUCGUCUUUCUGUCAACUCAGCCUCACCAUUCGCCAAUCUCAUCAACGCUGCUUCGCGUGUAAGCGUUCAGCACCCAGCAGUUUCUCCCCAGACCCCUCAAUACGACUGGCCGCGCACCGCCUCUUCCACCGAUCUCCGUCCUGCAUCAGCUCAUGGUGGAGUCCAUCAAAUCGAAAUCACGAAAAAUGAGAACGCACCGGGCAAACAAAAAUCUCGAGACCCGCUGCCAAGAUUGAACACCGUAGACUCGGUGCUCGAUUCAAGAGCCAGCAUGCUGAGCAUAACUUCUGCUGGCGAAGAAGUCCUGAACGCCUGGGCAGAGCUCGGAGGCGGUCAGGACUGUUUGCAGACCAAGGUGAGAAGUAGUAAGAUGCACUGAGGUCUGGGCUUGGUGUGCUGUUUGGCGGGACCAUCGUCUUCGAAACUUUUGAGGAAGGCGCAAGCCGCCGCGACAUACAACGCGCGCCUCGAGCGCGUCUUUCAAUUCGAAUCAAGAUACCCAAC